AUGCCUGCAGGAAGCAUGCCCCUAAUGAAGCAGUUAAGUGUUGCGAUCAUUGACAGCAAUCCUGCUUUAAUGAGUGGGCGUUCCAUCAACAAAGAGGAUCCCCAGAUCCAAGGUGACAGUUCUACUUUGAAGAUGUUGGCACUUGGCAUUAUGUUGAACAACAUCGACAUGAGUCUGGUUCAUUUUUUGCAAGUGUCGCUAUUAAAGAAACAUGAAGCAGACAGGAAACCUGCAAAUGUGACAAGGAUGGUUAUCGUGAAUGGUUUUCAGAAGGCGUACUCUGUUCGUUUUGGACCGCUAAAUAUAUUACAAGCUGCUGCAUUCCAUGGGGCACACUAUAUCUCACCACUCAAAAGGAAUAUCAUCUCUUUUGCUUCAGGCGAGCAGAGAUUGCCAGUUUUCUAG